GUCUCGAGCUUCGUGGCAGGCGAGCUGACCAACUACGCUACGACGGCCGCAGUGACCUCGGCCAUCUCCUCGGCUCUUUCCAGCUACGACGACAGCUCCCAAGUGGACAAAAAUCAUCACCGCGUUGCUGGAUUUACACGCGGGCCGAAACGGACCAGCCAUCGCCGACGCCAUGUCGGGCUCGGUGGAUCUGUCGGCCUACAGCACAACUGCCCAGAUGCAGAGCUACGUGGCCGGCGAGCUGCUGGCCUACGCGGUCAGAACACAUCGGCCACGAAUGCAAGGAAUUUCUUGCUCCGGUUUUUGGCAUCGGAUGCUCUCGAGAUCCUUGCAGCCAUGGGCAAAGUGGUGCUGCUUCAGAAGCUGGACCCUAAGGGCAAGAAGGGUGCUUGGUUGAAGCUCGUCGACGAAGAGCCAGCGAGAUCCAGAGAGGAGCUCUUGUACGACUUGGCUUGCUACGUGCUCGAGGGGCACCACGAAGUUUCCAACCGGUUCUACAAGUACGAGGAAGUGUGGUUCGUCGUGGAGAGUGUUCUUGAAGACGUUUCCCUAGACAAGGAUGCCAAGGCAGUGAGAGUAUGGGAUGUCGAAAAGCAACAGCACAUCUCUUUCGCUUUCAAGUAUGAGAGCUCCGACCUCGAUUGCUUGGACUGA